UUAUCCUCCUCCCUCCUGCACCGAGCAGCCCGGAGAUGCUGCUGCUGAUGUUGCUGACCGACUGCAACAUCCGACAUGGGCAUCUUCUGAUCCCGCGGCGCCACAGGAACUUCCUUUGUUAUCAUGUUGGGAAUAACUAACAUGGAAUUCAUCUGAACUGGAAUCACAGGCUGCAGAAGUAACGCUACUCCCAAAUUUUUAAUUCAGGAGUUUUAGACGAACGACUUCUCAGCAAACGAGUCCAGUACCUGAAACAUCCGAGAAUCACUGACUGGCACCGCUCAACUUCAGGAUGAGUGGUCUGGUGGGGAAGCUGGACCCUCGAAGGAUACAAUGGGGCUCAACAUGGAAUACUUUUACGUCCCGUGUUCUGAGGACCAAACCUGUGGAAUCCAUGUUGGAUUCAUCCACAUCGGGUACCAGCUCCCAUGGCACCAGACUGGCCCGGGUGUUGUCCACUGUGGACCUGGUAUCUCUCGGCGUGGGCAGUUGUGUUGGGACAGGGAUGUAUGUGGUCUCAGGGCUUGUUGCUAAGGAGAUGGCUGGCCCAGGGGUCAUUGUGUCCUUCAUUAUCGCCGCUGUGGCCUCCAUACUGUCAGGAGUCUGUUAUGCAGAGUUUGGUGUUCGCGUGCCUAAGACCACGGGUUCAGCCUACACGUACAGCUACGUGACGGUGGGCGAGUGCGUGGCCUUUUUUAUCGGCUGGAACUUAAUCCUGGAGUACCUCAUCGGCACAGCGGCAGGAGCUUCGGCCCUCAGCAGCAUGGCAGACUCUCUGGCCAAUCACAGCAUCAGCAACUUCAUGAUUUCACAUAUUGGAGUGCUCAAUGGCUUGGGUAAAGGAGAGCAGUCAUAUCCAGACCUGCUGGCACUGCUUAUAGCUCUUUUGGUGACGAUUAUAGUGGCUUUGGGAGUUAAGAACUCUGUUGGCUUCAACAACGUGCUGAACGUCAUCAACCUCAUAGUCUGGGUGUUCAUGAUGAUUGCAGGGCUGUUUUUUGUCAAUGGAGAGAACUGGGAUGAGGGGAGAUUCCUGCCCUUUGGCUGGUCUGGGGUGAUGCAGGGUGCAGCUACCUGCUUCUAUGCCUUCAUUGGGUUUGACAUCAUUGCAACAACCGGAGAAGAGGCCAAAAGUCCCAACACCUCAAUCCCAUAUGCCAUUACUGCCUCACUCAUCACUUGUCUCACUGCUUAUGUCUCGGUUUCUGUGAUACUGACUCUGAUGGUCCCAUACAAUGAGAUUGAUGCUGAUGCCCCAUUGAUGGAGAUGUUUGCAACACAUGGCUGUAUGUUCGCUAAGUAUAUUGUGGCGGUGGGAUCUAUAGCUGGACUGACUGUUUCUCUCCUGGGGUCCCUGUUUCCCAUGCCCAGGGUCAUCUACGCCAUGGCAGGAGAUGGCCUGCUAUUUAAAUUCCUGGCAAAUGUUUCCACGUACACAGAGACUCCUGCUGUAGCCUGUGUGGUUUCAGGAUUUCUUGCUGCCCUGCUCAGUCUUUUGGUCAGCCUCAGAGACCUCAUAGAGAUGAUGUCCAUCGGAACACUGCUGGCCUAUACUCUUGUGAGCCUUUGCGUUCUACUUUUACGUUACCAACCUGAGAGCGACAUUCACGGCUUUGUUAACUUUCUCUCUGAGGAGCAAAACAAGAAGAGAAAAGAGGGUGUGCUGGCUGAGUGUGAGAAGGAUGCAUGCUCACCCACCAGUGAAACAGACGAAUAUGGAGGCGUGCCAACUAACACCUGUGGAGCCAAGAACCUGCCCUCGUUGGGUGACAACGAAAUGCUGAUUGGCAAACCAGAUAAAAACGCGUACACUGCCAGCCACCCCAACUACGGCACAGUGGACAUAACCUCAGGCAUUGAAGCGGAGGAGUCAGAAGAAGGGAUGUCCCGACGGCUGAAGAAACUGAUUGGACCACGUUACUACACUUUGAGGAUUCGACUCGGGCUCCCUGGAAAAAUGGACAGGCCAACUCCAGCAACAGGGAAAACCGUCACAGUGUGUGUGCUGCUGCUCUUCAUCCUGAACUUUGCUUUCUGCUCCUUCAUCAUCUUUGGGGCCAACAGUAUUGGGGAGGGUCGUUGGUGGGCCUUAUUACUAUUAAUCCUCCUCAUCAUCCUCAUUGCACUUCUGGUUAUCAUCAUCCUCCAGCAGCCAGAGAACCCAAAGCGAUUGCCCUAUAUGGCUCCCUGUGUGCCAUUUGUACCUGCUUCAGCCAUGCUGGUCAACAUCUACCUCAUGCUUAAGCUGUCUGCAAUCACCUGGAUACGGUUUUCUGUCUGGUGCCUCGUGGGGGUGCUCAUCUAUUUUGGCUACGGCAUGUGGAAUAGCACACUGGAGAUCACAGCCAGAGAAAACGAGGUGCACGCAUCCACCUACCAGCGCUACGAUCAAGGUGUGGACGAAGGUUUCUGCGGCUUUGAUGACGACUUCUACCCGCCUACGUCUGACGCCUGGAGCGCACCAGGGGAGGGGUCAAAGACGUCUCCCCCUAAAGCAAAACCUGAAAGUGAUGGCUUUGCAUCAACAGAUGGACCCAGAACCAUUGCUAACAAUGGCCUUGCAGAGGAAGAUCCGAUGGAUUUCUGAAGGGACUGACUCUGAGAACCUGAAUGUACUGCCUUGUCUGCUGCCUGGGGGGGUGGGAGGGGAACGACGUGUGACUGCACAAACAACUGCGUGCGUGUUUGCAUGCCUGCAUGUGUGUGUAAGUGUUUGUAAAUCUGACCCUUGGGCUAGAUGGUUUCUGGGCAGUUGAACACCUCGGCUUUAACCGUAUUUACCAAAGCUUGCCACACAGUUCCAGUAUAAGUGUGAACGUCAAGGACAUGGGAGUCUUGAUAACUUCCCUUACAGCUCGCUCAAUGAAGUCAACAACAACAACAUCCAACACAAAGAGAAGGCCAGGAAGAAAAGUGCAAACAAAACAAAAGAUAAGAUUAAAUGUGCACCAUGAAUCAUAUGAAUGUUCUCAGCCACUUGUGAACUGAUUACAGACAGAAAUAACACUGGAGGCAUGAGUGUUACAAAGAUGAGACAGUUGAAUCAGCAACUCCUUUCCUGUUUCGAGCUUAGGUGGACAGAAAAGUUGGCUAACAGCACGGCAUGCCCAGAUGACUUCCUGGCCAGGUCUUUUUAUGAUCCUUUAUUACGAAAAACACACCACACACACUGAAACUAAGUAUGACACAAAAGCAUUUCAUACCUCUAACACAAUUCUUUUAUUUAAAAAAAAUCUAGCCUGUUUUUGCUUUUCUUUUGUUAAAAUCUAGCCCAAGGGACUGAAAUGGAUAUGGAAAUGGGUGUUGAUGUUUUCUGUGACAAAUAGUUUUUGGACUUUGCUUGCAAUAGUGCCUUCAUAUUCUGUAUGUGACUUUCUGGUUUUGUCUGUUUUUCUACUUUCAUUCUUGCUUGUGUAUAUGUGUGUACAGUGUCUACUGCGGGUGCACAAAAACCUUUUUAUUUGUGGGUGAAAAGUGGGAAUUUUUAUGGCUGUGAAUUUGAGUUAAUUUGCUUGUUUUGUUUACCUUGUUAUGUCCCAGCAUGAAGCUCAGUACUCAACCCACCUUCAGAAAAGCAUCCCAUGGUGCUCUGUACAACACACGCUCAUUAUUGGGAUUUAAAAGAUUAGAAAGUUAACAAAAAAACUGUAUCAGAAAAAAGGUGAGAUCCUUGCUGGCAACCUAAUGGAGCUUUUCCUUUUAACCAAAAAUUUAGUUUGAGCAAAUUAAGGAAACCAGUCAACACUUUUUCCUGUCUGUAGUUAAAAAGAAAAUGAAUCUAAAUGUAGCUCUACUGUGUUCCAAUGUCCUCCCACCAUCACAUUUUCCUCUGUUUUCUGUUUUUGACUCCUGCAUCAGGAAUUUUCCAACUCACAACGAGGACUUCCAUAUUUCUGAUGGGGCAGUUGCACAACAAUCCCACCCGUUUCAUAUUCAUUCCUUUCUUUUGUUUGACUUACAUUUGUGAACUCUGGCUAUCAUCAAGCCACUCAACCACAGUUCUUCCUUCAUAUGUGCGCAAGAACAUUAUAGUGGUUCAAAUCAAUCAGUUUUAAGUGAUGUUUGCAUCGAAGGCCUUGUCUGGUCAAAAUGCCUGUGGACCUCUGCUAUUUUGAAAAUAGAAUUGUUUUGUUUGUAGUAUUAUUUUGGCCUUGCCAAAAAUUAACGUGAGCUCAUUUAAAGACCUUAAAAUCAGGCCAUUGCUGCCCUCACAGUCAGAAUGAAUUUAUGAUUUCAUGUGGUGAUAAGCAUAAUAAUACUAAUCCUAAAUCAGCAUAUUAUUGUGUAAAUGCAAAUCUUUAUUUUUAUUUUUUGGAAAAUGUAACUAAAGAGGGGACACAAUUAUAACCUUUGUGAAGAUUACUGAGCUCCUUGGUCAGGUGAGCUCUAUACUUAUCUGUGCUAUUUUUGCGUAUUUUAUUUUCUUGGAAACAGCUUGAGCAUCACACUUUAGUCAGCCCUGUUCCACAUUCACAUUUAGUGUAAGAUGCAUGGCAACAUUUUGCAACAGAGACACUGUCACAUCAUGAAACUAGGAUUCCCAGGAAGCUAUGAUUAUUGUUUUUAAAUGGUGCACCAAACAAAGAUCUAACUUUUUUCUGUCACUUUUCAUGUUCAGCACAAAAUAAUCUGCAAAUAAUUUGCAUCUAAUUGUGAAAUUUCAGAGUAUAGGGAGCAUAACAUUGUUUGCAAACAUGCAAGCAGAUUGGACAUGCUGUAGAAAUGGAUCUUGCACUGAUCAGAGAUUGGGAAAUGCAUAUAAAUCAGUUCACCAUAAAAGGUCGCUAGAUUGGACCCUGUGCAGACAGAAAUAUGAUUAGACUGUGCAGAGUGCAUUUCUCGCAGCAUUAAGGUGCUCUGCAUGACCCACAUACUGUAUAUUGCUGCAUCAGUCCCUUCCAGGGAAGCCUUAUUUGUCCAAUGCACUAAAAAUGAGACUGCCACGCUAGCUAAAACCAUGCUUUUAGUUCUGAGUCAACCCCCCCCCAGAAAAAAAAACCUGUAAUGUCCUAAAUCCCUUUGACAACGAGUGCAAGAAUGAAAUUGUAAAAUAGAUACUUAAUUAUAAGUAAGGAACAGCAAAGAGAUGUUUUCAAUGAUUUGAUCAAAUAGAUUUUUAUGGUUUAUGUGAUUUUCUACCCAAAUGUAAAUGUAAAUAAUAAAGUAAAACAUAGAAUAUGUCAGAUUUUAGGAAGUUAUAGUUAAUUAAGAGUGUUCACCAAUAAACUAUAUUUAGUUCAAAUGGGACUAAAUAUUUGUUCAUUUUUUGUUAAACCUUCUCUGUUCAAGCAAAUGCUUUAAGAGUAACUGAUGAAUUUAUUGAAAAUGUUGAUUGAAAGUCAACUCUUAGUUUUUAGGUUGCACAUUAAAGAUGACAAAAUGUAGCUAAUAAACUGUCAAACAUUAAUGAGAUUAAAACCAUCAGUGCUGAACGUGCGAUUCUGUAUAUUGAUCAUGAAAAUAAUGGAACUUUCUUGCUAUUUUAUGCUUAACCAAAACAAGACACGUAGACUCAGGCAGUCCUACACCUUACUCUAAACUGUAAUUAACUUCCCACAUCUCCCUGCUUGCUGUGAGGAUGAAUGAAUGAAUGACUGAUCGACAUCGCUUUGUUCAGUGCUAAUGUUUGUGAAUGUGUGUUUGUGGUUUAGAGUGACUAUCUGCUGAAUGUAAAAGCAUGCUUUGCGCACGAAGUCCAGUUGAUAAAUGUUGCAACUUGCAUGCGGUGAGGCGUUCAAGCAGAACACAACUGACAUUGAACCAAACCAACCAGAAGCUUUGAUCUUUAACCUGCUUUGCUGCUCUUUUUCUGGAAGAACACAUCAGUCCAAACGAUCUUUGUUCUGCUUUAUAGGACCCAACAAAACCAAAUCAGACUUUAUAUGAUGUUGCUUCUCUAAAAAGAAUCAUUCUUGGGCUAAAAAAGCAACUGUACAAAAUUGUGUUCUGUUGGUCUUUUAGAUAGGACCGCGUAUCAACAACAUUCCCACAAUCUCUUUAAUGUAUCUACAGUACGCCUGUCUUUUUUAUCAAACAUCAAGCCAAAGUAUUGAUGUUUGUUUACUUUACACUUACUGUAGUUUCUUAAAAAAGGUGACACACCAUACAACAGAGCUAUAUCCUUUUCUUAAAAAUCUCUGCUUAUAAGUUACUUUACCAUAAAAGACUCGUUUUUUUUUUUGGUCUGUACCCUAAUCAUCAAUCAGACCAGUGGUUUAUUUAGGUCUUCUAUUAGUUUCUGAUGGUAUUAAAGCUAAAAGAUAAGACAGUAUUGCCUUUCCGGCAUUAGUUAGUCUUGCACAAAGCAGCAAGAGAAGCAGAAGUGAAGGAGUAAAACAAAAAGUAUUUUUCUAAAGCUGUUUCCUACCCACAGGCCUUCCUUAACGAUGGGUAAACUAAGUAAAAUUAUGCCUGUUUUGUUUUGGUACGAGGAAACGAGGGAUUAAAGAUAAAAGUCUAUUUUUAACACUUGUCUGCAACAGUUGAACCGAAACAUUGAAUCUUUUUCUUUGAGGGAUUUUAAAAUUCUUGCUUUAGACAUCCAGAGGAGUUCAUGACGGAAAAUUACAGAAACUUAUUUUAGUACAUUAGGAUACAGAGAACAUGUAAUAUUGCUUUCGAGUAAGCUACUGUUUGCUUGUUUUGUCUCGGAGAAGUGUACAAUGCUCUUCCUGUGCUCUGUGUUCGCUGUGGCCGGUCGGUGUUGCACUUGUUAAGGUUGAAUUCUCUCCCGACGACUCUGUAUUCUUUUCUUCUCUUCGAUAUACUUUGGGAAAAUGUUGUAUAAUAUUGUUGUUUUAAUGUUCUACUUUUUUUCUUUAAAGGUUUCUUCCAUAUGUGUGCUUCAUUCACUCCUUGGUGCACUUUUGUUUCUCAGUUGUUGAUGCAUCCAUGCAACAAUGAAAAUGAUUUAUUGCAAAUACUA